CUGAACUCUUGUGUCUUGGCAUGCUUAUUACCGUUUAUGUCAAGGCUCGGCCCGCAGACGACCACGACGAUGCCCUCGCGUUUGGCCCUGGAGGCAUCCAGACGGAACAUCUCUAUCUGCUCGAGGCUAAGCGUUACGGCAAGACCUUGGUACCAAUCUUUGGCUACGUCCCUCCUACGGUCGCGGUACGCGUGACUAAUAGGCUCGCAUGAUUAAUGUAAACCCUUGCCAUCCCAGUUCGACAAGCCUUUCGCCAUGACAUUUUAUACAUCAAUAGCGAUGUUCUCUGGCUCCCUGGAUGGUACUUUGCCCACUAGACUCACGACUGUUAUUCCAAUGCUUUGCUGAGGCCGCGACGCAGCGGCUAAUCUCCUCUGCGGGGGCCAGUCAGUGUCGCUGCUGUGAGCGAUCGA